AUGAGCGACAACUCUCGUGCUGCAUCCCCGGCUAAGAAGGACACCGUUCCCGGUACGUAUGCUUCCGCAGUUGGCAACGACGGAACGGCGACUCUUCCGACUUCCCGCAUCGAAAACGGUCAGUUUAGAACUUCGAUUUCACUCUCAGAUGACUCUAAAGAACAGUCUAUGUGAAGAAGAGUCGGUAGCUUCUCACAGAAAUAUUCCUUUUAUAUUCACUUCUACAGUCUUCACGUCUCGUAAUUUAUUACGAUGACUUGAAAGUGACAUUUCACAAGAAACUUUUAAUUACAGUGUCGGACGUCCACGACUACGACCGCCAGUUCCCGGCUUUGCCAACUUCUGAUCAACGUCCACCCACGGCAACUUCUCGUCCAUGCCGCGGUGAGUUAUGAAGAAAUUGGAAGACGUGCCUCAAAUUAUUGUUAGAAUAGCUGUUUUUUUCUUGAUUGAGAACGAUUUUCCCUACAAAUCUUCAUUUAAACCUUGAUUUUCCAGGUCCCAUGCUUCGUACGACAAGUCCACCGUUAACAUGGGGAACCACGGGACCUCGGCAGGGAUCACUCCGACGACGUCAGCUUAACGGAGGUUUGAACUCGUUCAAAAACAGAUUGGAAUCAAAACUAAUCUGAAGACAUUUACUCGCGAAAACAAAUGAAUAUUGCAUUCAAUUUGAGUUUUUUCCGACUUAGACGUGAAAGUUAUCCGAAUUGAAAAUGACUCAAAAGUUCGAAAUAGUUCAACUCAGUUCUUUUUCCUGCUGAAUGGAAACUUUCAAUCAACCUGAUUUUUCAUUGAUCUCAGACCCAAUAAAAACCUUUUUUCAGCAUCCGCUGCCCUCAACGUCCACCCGGCAGAUCUUCGUCCUGUUGGCAAUUCCGUCGUUGAGCCGCUCGAGACCUGCCAAGAUCGUGUUGUCGACUCAGAACAAAACCGGAGAUCAGGAAGGUGACGGUUUGGCUGGAACACCUGCCGACGUCUUCCAAAGGCGCCGGCAGGCCCAGCCAUCCGUCCACAAUCACUCUCGGUAGGUUACUCGGAAGUUUACUCAAAAAUUCACUGGAAUAACUGAGAAUCUAUUUAUUCUCUGAGCACUUCUUCUCGGUUUUUUUUUUCCCGUUAGGGUAAAUGUCAAAUUCAAAAAAAACAUUGACUUUUUGAGUUCUGCACCAAGUCUCCCCACAGCUUCAUUCUUGAAUAGAUGAAACUUUUUAGGCACAAUCUCACACUUGGCAAUAAUUAAACCCUCGACAUCCUCACCCACAACAUCCGCGACAACCGAAAAUAGAGGUAAGAAUACAUUUUUCUUUCAUUUUUACCGUUUCAAAUAAACUCAUAGAGUUUGAUAACUUUUUUUGAAAAAUAUAAUUAUUCAAGACGACGAACUAUUUUUCAGAAACUUUAUUCAUCGGAUAUUUUUUUAGAUGUCGAGAAUUUGUCGUUUUUCCGUAAAUGUCGCUUCAUCUUCCGGAGGAAAAGUCGAAAGCCCGAAUGAAUAUGGAAAAAAAGCGCCGUAGACUCCAACAUGAAUAACAGUGAGUGGAAUUUUUCGAAGUAAAUAUUUUUCUUGUUUUAACAGAAUGACCGUUUUUUUCUAGAAAAAGGCAUUUGAAAAAGUCGCCCAAUUACCUAAUACAGAAUAUCGUAUAACUAAUAAAACUUUUUCAGGAGCCGAGCAGAUUUCCGAAACUCUGUCUUCCCGUGGAGUCGACGUCAGAGACCCUUCAGCCUCAGAAUCUCUUCUGAAUUCGUCAGCAAAUCUACUUUCACGCGCUAAACCUUUUUCCACACGGCCACGGUUUGCGACACGCUUCCGUCACAGUGAGUUUUCGACGUUUCUAGAAAGUAUAAACAUAAACUGGAACACUUAUGCGAAUUUCCAUGAUGGCCUUCUUCUAAACCCCUUUUUUUGAGUAUUUCUUUCGAUGUCAUCGAAAGAAAAAGCGGUCUGAAAUCCAUCUCAACAUAAAGGAAAUUCAAGAAAAAAAUCAAGAAUUUUUCUCAAAGAAACAUUUUUUUCCAGACUCAAGAUCGACGUCUGUUCCGGCCAAUAAUUUCCGGACUCCCAACGUCGAUUUGAAUGCUACUGUUCGCCCCAUCGGCUCCCGGAACUUUUUUUCGGUGAGAUCUUGGGAUUUUAUUCUCUUUGUGAUUCUUUUUCGGAAACUCUGCCAUGUGAAGUGGAUCUUUCUUUCAACCGAAUUUUUGCAGGAAACGAUUCGGUUCUUGACGUUAGCGUCAGGGGGCGCCAAGGCAGAUUCGGAUGGUCGACCUAAGUCUACUCAAAAUGGUGACGCGCUGAAUUCGCUGUUCAAGUCUUUCGCGCAAGGUUAGUCCGAAACAGUUUUCACAGUACCGUCCAAUUUGAACAUUCGUCUAGUCAGAAAAAAAGCGGAAUUUCAUGAUUUCACAUUGUUCUUUCAGAACCGUCGUUUCACCCAUCGAUUCCUGGUCAGGGAAAAAUCGGCCGUUCCUGGUGCCAGAACUGCGAUUGUUGCCACUAAAAAUAGGUACCGAAACAAUUUUUCCCACUUUCCCGAUAUUAGUUUUUUUGGAUGAUUUUUUUCUAAUUCUCACAAAUAAAACAACGGAAAAUAGAACCUAACUGAUGAAAUUUCAGAUUUGCACAUGGUGCGUCAGCGGAAACAGAAGGAUACAAGGUUGGGCUUCUGAUUAUAUUUGUCAAAAAAAGUGUCUUUUUUUCGAAGACUUUUUGCAUUUCACGUGAAACAACUUACUUGAUUUUUUUCAGAACUUGAAGAUCUCGCUAUCCAGACGAAAAGGAAAAACCAAGAGCCGGCGGUUGCUGAGAAACCGUCACAAGUUGCAAAUGGUUAGUUUUCAAAACUUCCGCGUAUUUCGGUAGAGAUACUUUGCACAAGAGAUACCCUCUUUUUUGGAAAUAAGUCCCAAUCGACAGCAAUGACAUUUCAUUGAAACUGAAGUAUACUUUACAGGAGUCGGUUACACAGAAUCCUCUCAAGUAGAAGUUGUUCCUGUCUCCGUCUCUCAGUCUCUGGACUCUGUUGACCUGGAUGUUACCCAAGUCAACACGUCGGAAGAGCCUUCCAGUCCGCUCCGUGACGAGAACAGAGGUUUGAAAACUUUUUAACGUUGAAAAAAAAUUGCUCAGUCUUAGUAUUGUUGAAAUAUUCUUCAUAAAAGUUAUUUGUCAUUUUAUUAUCAUUAGUAAGCUCAUCAAUAAUCUUUUUGGGGAAAAAAUCUAAAUGAAGAUUUUCUCAUCUUCAAACUCUGUUGAGCAAUAAAACUGUUAGUAGAAACGGGAAUAAACCGAAGUUUAAGCAGAUUUUUGUUUUUCAGGGUCCGCCGCAUCUCCUUUCACGCCUUCACCAGAUCUGAUCACGGUUGUCGAAAGAGUUCCGCGUCCGACGACAGGUUUGUAACGGAAAAAUAUUCAAACUCUUCUCUCAACUUUUUGAGAACUUGCUGGAAUUUAUACCAGACCUAAAUAUGACUUUAAAUAAAGAAAAACAUUGAAACUCUUUGUGAAAAAAACGAACGUAAGAAAAAUUGAGAUUUUGAUGUAGAACUUCCCAGCUUUAAAAAAUAAAAAAACUGGUCAUGGAACUGGAACAAUUUGAAAAUGAUCAUUUUCUUCCAGGGUGUGCCGAGAUCAGUCGCGAAGCUGAGGACAGUUUCAGAACUUCACGAUCGGCAAGGAAUUCGUCUCCCGUCGAUCCGAUCAUCAGGGUCGAGGUCUGAAAUUAAAAGCUUCGUUCAAAAAAAAAAGAAAGACUGAAAAAAAAAAAACUUUAUCGAUCAAAAUUUUUUUCGACGAAAGUUAGAGUAAGAAAAAAAGCCAUAGAAAUAACCUGAAUUAGAAGUUCUCCUUGUCGUUUUCUUUGAUGAGAACUAUCACGAUGCAUUCCUUCCACUCAAUAGAAAACAGUCUGUACAUUUUCAGAUGACUUCAACAUUUCCUUCUCGGCAAUUUUUGGCUCAAGACGACAUUUCUGCGGAGACACCUCUCGCCUUGACCACAGGUAUCCAUUUGAUUUUUCUGUCAAGAGUACAAUUUUUUUAUUGGGUAAAACCGUUUCGAAAUUGAAAAAAAUAAGAACUUAGAAGUUGAUAAUCUGUUAGAGAACUGCGAAAAAUGUAAAAAAAGUUAUAAAACUGAUGAAAAUUUCAUUCCAGGAGUUGCUGAAGAUCACACGCCUGUAGGAACUCAGAAGGAAAUGAUUUUGGACGUGAACGGAAACAUCACAAGACGAUCGGCUCAUCGGGACGCAGGUUUGAUUUGAAACAAUUUGUAAAAUUUUCAAAGUUAGAAAGGCAAAAACGACCUUAUCAGGAAUCUUUUCAUAAGUUUCAGAAAGGAAAACAGUUUAAAUGACAUCUCCAGGAAGACAAUUCUUAAAUCGAUUUUCAGAAUCUCUGACCGCGUCUGGCUUCAGUUUUGCUGACUUUCUCUCCACUGAACCGACUGACCAGUCCGAAGUCCAAGAAGCCAAUGAAUUAUCCGCAGAAUCGGCCUCUCCUUCAGGUAGAAAUUCAACUCUCAAGUUCAAAAAGAUCUAGAAGAUUCCGGAAAUCAUUCAUUCAGCUAAUUUUGCAGCUUCGAACCCACCAGCCGACUACGUUCAGCGCCAGCGCGAGUUUCUACUCCAAAAUCGGUACAACAUCACUCGUGGUCGUGGUUAGUUUUGCUCAAGAAAUUUGUAGAGCGCAGGAUUUCGAAAAUUAAGUUUCUCGAAUAAUUCAAAACUAAUAAUCAUCGAUUUAACAAUCUUUCAUGAAAAGGGUUCAGUGUGAAGUUUGUAGAAUUUCCGAAAAAAUCCGAAGAAAAACGUUCCUUCGAACCACUGCUCAAUAGAUUCUCGAUUAUCGACACAAAUUUGAAGUCUAUUUUCAAUUUCCAACAGAAUUUCAAAUAUUUUGCUUUCCUAGUUACAUUCAGUUUGAACUGGGAUAUUAAACAAGACAAAAAAAUCGAUAAAUGAAACGGAGUUUUUCAGGAUUUGGCGAGCGCCUUGACAACACGACGGACGAUGCUGAGAUUGACGUCAGGGACCAGGAGAACCAUGUUUCGAACAGUCAGAAGCAGGAUUAG